UGUUUCCGCCGGUGGAAAAUUUACAUAACGUAUAUAAAGUUUAUAUCAAGUUAAUGUUUGAGUGCAACUAAAACUUAAAGCAGAUAAAUUGACCCGGGGUCUGGUGCGUGGCUCCUGCAGCAGAUGCCCGCAGGUCUGCAGGCCGUCUGAGAGCAGCUGUCGGCGGGACCACAGCCGGACUGUGACCGCGGACCUCUGGACUCUGCAGCCGUGAAACCUCCGCAGCUUUCCUUCAGUUUCUGCGUGCAGACAUGAAGAGGAGACUCCUGCUGGUGUCCAACUCCACCCUGCACGGCAGCGGGUACCUGGACCACUGUCAGCAGCACAUCUCACGCUUCUUCGGAAAAGAUGUGAAGCGGGUGCUGUUUGUUCCGUACGCUCUCCACGACAGGGACGCCUACACCAAAACCGCCAGAGACAAGUUUAAGACUCUGGGUUACGAGGUGGACGGCAUCCACGAGGCCCCGGACCCCGUCGACGCCGUCCGGAAGGCUGAGGGUAUUUUUAUAGGAGGAGGAAACACUUUCCGGCUCCUGAAGAGUCUCUAUGACAACAAGGUGGUGACGGAGAUCCGGAGGAGAGUCCUCGAGGACGGCGUCCCAUACAUGGGCUCCAGUGCCGGCACCAACGUGGCCACCGUCAGCAUCAACACCACCAACGACAUGCCCAUCGUCUACCCUCCGUCCUUCUCCGCCAUCGGCCUCGUCCCCUUCAACAUCAACCCGCACUACCUGGACCCCGACCUCAAAAGCCGCCACAUGGGGAAGACGCAGCAGACGUGCAGCAGAGGGCCGUGAAGACCAGGAUCCAGAUCGUCUUUACCAAAGUGGGGAAGCUGUUCUGCAGAACGUGCAGCAGUGAGGUCAAACAUAAAGGAAAUCGUUUACUGAAAAAACAUGCGGAGAAAUUGUCAGAAACACAUGGAGGUGAGACACAGGCUGCUGCAUCCCGGUCAGCUGCAGGAAAGAAUCAAGGUCAGAUGGUUUAAAUAUGCAGGUCAGGGUUAAUGAUUCAACUACAAUCCUAAAGAUAAUUCCCACAAUUUCAUCACAAAAACAUCACAACUUUCAUCACAAUAUCUUUGAAAAGCUGCUG